GGAGAGACCUAUAUUUCAAUCUCAGUCAUAGCGGCUAACCUAUCAAUUUUGAUAUUUCUACGGGUUGAAAUACUUUAUAGUACAUUAGAAUAUAUAUUUUUUUUUUACGGCUAUUAGAAUAUUUUUUUAAUGAAAGGUACAUUCGAUUUUUAUUUUAUUUUUUUUGAUAAAAAAGGUUCAUUAGAAAAUUUGAAUAUGUUAAUCUUUAAAUUAAUAAAUUAACAAUAUCAAAAAGUUAUUUACCACUAAGAGAAAAAUUAUAAUUAAAAAAAAAACACAAUUUUAUUAUUUAUAAUACUAACUGUAAAAAAAAACCAUUAUACUAAUUUUUUACAUUUUUUUUUCAUAUAAAAAAAUUCAAUACUCACCAAUUUUUAUCAUCUCAGGAUCCAACAUGCACUUAGUAUUAUACAAUUAAAAAAAAUUAGAAUAAGAAUAUUGGUGUAGUAAGUUAAUUAGGUGGCGUAGGAAGGUAAAGAAUUCCUCUCAAAACCAAACCAAACCAAAGUACCAAACAUAAUCAUCAUCGUCAACUAACAAACAACGUAUCGUCAACAAAAAAACAACGUUAACACACGAGACAUUCAAAAACAAACAAACGCAAACAACAAAUUUCUAACUUUGCUAGGGUCUUGUGGAUUCUGGCUGUUAAUAAUAUAAAACAUUAUUCUUUUUCAAUCAUUAUUCACCAAAAUGUGUUAGAAACUUGAAUUCUUUGGCUAACAAGAAUCAAGAAUCAUCAUCAUGGGUGGACGGAGGGACCAACAUGGUGACUCCGUGGAAGUUGACAUUGAUUCUCCCCGUGAUGAUGCCGCCGUUCAUCAUGGACGUGGUGGUGGGUCUCGGCCUCACUCUAGGCCGUCGUCUCAUCCUCCUCCCUCCGUCACCCGUGGUUAUGAUCGUGAUUUUAGGCUCUUUGAGCAAUGGUUCCCAUGGUUGAUUCCAACCUUUGUGUUUACCAACAUUGUUGUGUUCAUUGUUACAAUGUAUGUUAAUGAUUGUCCUAAGAAUUCUUUUAAUAGUAAUUCUUGUGUUGCUUCUUUUCUUGGAAGAUUCUCUUUUCAACCUCUCAAAGAAAACCCUCUCUUUGGUCCUUCUUCCACUACAUUACAGAAGAUGGGCGCUCUAGAAGUAGAUAAAGUUGUUUAUAGACACCAAGUUUGGCGCCUUCUCUCUUGUAUAUGGUUGCACGGUGGGGUUAUCCAUGUACUUGCCAACAUGUUGAGUCUUGUUUUUAUUGGAAUUCGGCUUGAACAAGAAUUUGGAUUUGUUAGAAUUGGAUUUCUGUACGUGAUAUCUGGUUUCGGAGGGACUGUGCUAUCUGCUCUAUUCAUACAAUCAGGUAUCUCGGUUGGCGCUUCUGGUGCAUUGUUUGGCUUACUAGGAGGAAUGCUCUCUGAGCUCUUGAUAAAUUGGACAAUAUAUGCCAAUAAGUUGGCUGCAUUGUUGACUCUUAUAUUCAUUGUUGUAAUCAAUUUAGCUGUUGGAGUCCUUCCACAUGUUGACAAUUUCGCUCAUCUAGGAGGAUUUGGUUCCGGCUUUCUUCUUGGAUUUGUUCUUCUGAUCCGUCCACAGUUUAAAUGGAUUAGCCAAAAACAGUCUCGAUCUGGAUUUGCACCUUCUGUUAAACAUAAGCACAAACCUUAUCAAUAUGUACUGUGGCUUUUGUCUUUCCUAUUACUCACUGCUGGAUUGAUUACGGGGUUGGUUUUGCUCCUUCGAGGUGUUAACUUGAAUGAACAUUGUUCGUGGUGUCAUUAUUUAAGCUGUGUUCCUACCUCAAAAUGGAGUUGUCAAGAACAAAGGACUUAUUGUGAGAUGACACAAAUCGGAAAUCAACUUAACAUCACAUGCGUGAGCAAUGGGAAAAGUGACUUGUAUCCUCUGUCGGAUAAUAGCUCUUCUGAAACGCAACAACUUUGUUCGCGGCUUUGUCGUGGAUAGAUAGAUACACACAACAUUUCUUGAAGGGAUAUAUCAUUCAACAACUUGUGUAUAUAGUGCAGAGAAAUUGUUUCUUCUCAUGAUUGUAAUGCCAGCCAUCAUGUGUAUAUUGUAUCCUUGUCACUGCUAUUUCUAUUUCCUACUUAGCAUGAAAUACUGAUCAUUGUGUAAAAAGAGAGCAAAGGAAUGGAAGAUGUAUAUUUGGUUUAAGAAACAAACUAAUUCUUAAAAAAAUGAAAAUGCUGUCAAAUGG